AUGCCUGCCACAAAUAAUUCAACAUCCAAUGCAGCCGCAGCUGGUGCUGCAGCCGCUGCUGCUGCAAUUCGUGGUCGCAAUGAUAACACUAUACAGGCUGGUUCUUUGCCAACUUCGGGUUGUGGUGGCACUGGCUCCACAAAUUCUGCGGUUGGUGGCGGCGACGGUACUUCAUCUUCAGGUCCUACGGAUGCUGCCGCUACCACUAGUGAAGAAAAGCGCAAGGAUCCCAAACCUUAUGCGAAAAUUUCUAAAGCCGUGGGCACUUCAGUUAAACGCAUACAAAAAGAGCUUGCCGAAAUCACUUUAGAUCCACCGCUAAAUUGUAGUGCAGGGCCCAAAGGUGAUAAUCUGUACGAGUGGGUGUCGACAAUUUUGGGACCACCCGUUUCGGUGUAUAAAGGUGGAGUAUUCUUUCUGGAUAUUCACUUUUAUCCAGAGAAUCCAUUUAAACCUCCUAAACUUAUGUUCCGUACGUGUAUCUAUCAUUGUAACAUCAAUAGUCUAGGUGUUAUUUGCUUAGAUUUACUCAAGGAUAAUUGGUCUCCAGCAUUGACCAUAUCAAAGGCAUUGCUGUCAAUUUGUUCCCUGCUGACUGUAGUCCUGCCGAUCCUCUGGUAAGCAGUAUUGCCACACAAUAUUUAGAAAAUCCGGAAGAACAUGAUAGAAUCGCCAGACUGUG